AUGUCGCUGGAAAGUUCGGAAGAAACAGCCAAUGGAGCGCUCCUGAUGACCGACGAACAGUCGGAAGAGGUCAAAAUGGAAAGGAAUGAUAAAAAUGAUUCCGAUAGCAGUCAUCUGGAAAGAACCGAUAACUUGUCAUGUUGGAAUGAACAGUCAGUCCAGUCAUUCAAUAAACUUCAAAUUACUAGUCAUGGAUGCACCAGUGAUUCAAGACGUAACAAACUUCUCUCCUUAUGGAGGUAUCUCACACUUCGCGGUUUAUUCCGACUUUUGGGUGAAAAUGUUGGCUCCUACCCGAUAGUAUACAUUCUUUUAUCAUUAUUGAUCUCAACAAGUUCAUUCGGCAUGUUUAAAAUUGUUUUACGUGAUCGAAUACGCGAUGGUUAUACGCCAACAAAUGCACCGUCCAGAUAUGAAAUGGACGUGUUACGGGAAUUUUGGAACUCCUCCGGUGACCCAAUGGUUACGGUAGUAUUAUUAACAGCAAAAGAUAAUGGAUCGAUGUUACGUGAUGAUUAUUUGAAUGAAGUUGAACGUUUGACCAUUUAUUUGAUGAGCAAUCAUAGUGUAAUAUAUGAUAAUCAGCCAGUUAUGUACGAAAAUUUUUGCUCACCUUACUGUAAGAUGAAUAUCGCUCUACAACUUUUCAAGCAAAGUGUUGAUGUUGAACGGCUUCAUUUACAAUACGGUGAACCGCUUUCCUAUGACACAUCCUUGACAUAUCCAGUAGCGAAAAUUGAUGGCUUUGACAUUCAUUUGGAGAGGAAUUUUUUCGGCAUUACUAUAAAAGAAACGCCCAAAAAGGAUGUGUUUGUUGGCCAGAAUAUUACCACAGAUAAAUUACCUCCAAAUGUAUCCUAUGCGCAGUUAGUCUCAAAUUUGCAGUUCGUUAAAGUAGUUUUGGCUCUUUAUCGUGCUGACCGAUCAUCUCCUGAAAUGGAGCGAAAAUUGUCACUGUGGGAGCUUUCUGUUUUCGAAUUCGCUCGAGAACAUUACAAAAAUAAUUUGAUUGACAUGGAGGUAAUCGGCACAGAAAUUCUUAAUCAAGAAAUGAUCAAAGACGGUCAAAAGCUUGCACCCUUUUUUGCUGCAGGUUUUGGUUUUAUGAUGUUUUUUGUAACUUUUACGGUUCUUGCUAGUGCAAUUUUCUAUAAUGCGAUGGAUUGGGGCAAAGUUUUGGUGGCAUUUGGUUCCAUUUUAUGUCCAAUACUUUCAAUCACAUCAUCCUAUGGUAUCAUAUCACUUUUUGGUAUUAGAACUAAUUCACUCAUGCUUGUUAUGCCAUUUCUUAUUAUGGGCAUUGGUGUUGAUGAUGCAUUUCUAAUGAUCCAUCCAUGGCAACGUUUGGCAUUACACACGAGCAGUGUUAGUGCUCGACUUGGUUUAGUGUUCGAAGAAGUGGGACCCUCUAUUACAAUUACUUCCUUAACUAAUUUCAUUUCUUUCAGUAUUGGUGCUUUAACUCCUACACCAGAAAUACGAUUAUUUUGUGUGUCAACAGCUAUUGCAUUGGGAUUGGAUUAUUUGUAUGAAUUAAUUUUAUUCGGACCAGUAUUAGCAUUAGCUUCACAUUGCGAAAAAUGUAACAGAAAGUAUACGGUGUCGUCAUGUUCACAAAAACCUUUACUGUAUGGAUGGCGUUUACAGAUUGAUACCUUUAUGAAGUGGAUUUUGAGAAUGUAUUGUCGUAUCCUGGAACAUCGCUGUUUCACGCUAUUUUUAUUCAUUGCAGUGCUUAUUUAUUGGUAUUUUGCUAUUAUUGGAGCAUUGAAUAUAAAAACUAGACUUGAUACGGUGAAAAUUUUACCCCGAGAUUCACCAAUACAAAGGCCUAAUCGGAUUCUUAAUGAUAUAAUAUGGGAUGAAUAUCAUCCAGUGACAGUACUUAUAAAUAAUCCAUUGGAUAUACGGAAACAACAACCAAUGCAACGAUUUUGGCAACUUGUUAAUGAUUUUGAAAGUUUACCAUUAUGUAGAGGAAAUAUCUCAACAUUAUUGUGGCUCCGCGAUUACGAACAUUAUUAUAAGCACGACGAUCCCAUGUUAUCAGUAUGGUCAUUCCUUGAAUUAGAAGAUACUAAAUCAGUCAAUAAAGUUUCACAAUCUGAAACUGGUCUUGAUUUUGACAAACUGGAAGGCUUUCUUGAUUCACCAUUUUAUGCACAUUGGAACACGUGUAUGAACGUUGCUAACACAAAGGAUGGACUUCGAGUAAAUCGUUUUUGGUUUGUUGUCGCAUAUAAGAAUACGUCAGCGUGGGAAGUACGAAUUAAGUUGAUGGAGAAAUGGCGUGAAAUUGCUGAUAACUACAAAGAUUUAAAUGUGACAGUCUGGGAGGCAAAUGGAAUGUUUGUGGAUCAAAUGCUUAGUUUGAAAACAGUUGCAAUGCAGACCGGUUCAUUAACAUUAAUCUGUAUGGCGGUUGUUUGUGCGUUAUUUAUUCCGAACCCUUGUAGUAUAAUAACGGCUUCUAUCGCGAUUGCAUCCAUAAGUAUCGGUGUCUUUGGAUUUUUGUCCUGGUGGCAUUUUGAUUUGGAUCCAGUAACAACGGUUGCAAUAUUAAUGUCUAUUGGUUUAUCGGUUGAUUUCACCGCUCACGUCUCUUAUCACUAUCAGCUAACGAAUCGACGAGAAAUUCGGAAUAAAAAAAUUGUAAAAAUACCAAUCAAAGGACCACAUGAAAAACUCCAACACACUUUGGAAAGUAUUGGUUGGCCAAUGAUACAAGCUGGUGCAUCAACGGUUAUGUGUGUUUUGCCACUUGUUUUUUUACAGAGCUAUUCACCAAUGGUAUUUUUCAAAACAAUCAUUCUGGUGGUAUCGUGGAGUUUACUGCACGGACUUAUUCUCUUACCGGCACUUUUAGGUGCCCUACCGGACUGUCUAACAAAUGCUAAUUGUUAUCGGACAUUUUUAUCUACAAGUAGUCAAAAAUCAUGUCGCUAUGUUGGACCGCACGAAAUGGAUCCGAUUGAUGGACAGGAAAUGGAAUUCAAUGAUUAA